AAGCCAGAAAACCUGGUCGCACACGCUGCACUGGAUGGCAUUGCUCCCGGGGUUUGUGUGUACAUAGGACGGCUCAGUGUUUUCACCUGUUUUUUUUCUUUUCAACGUUAAUUGAAGACCUCUGAAGCGGGGAAAAGACCUGCGCUCUAUUUCGCAGCUUUUUGCGCCUGUCCUUUGUCACAGUAGAGCAGGUCGUGAUUUUUGUAGCCUAUGCAACAUAACGGGAUUCAUGGUGGGAGCGUUUCCUUUCAUCAAUGUGCAUUGAUGUAGCAGGAAACGUGGAGGAGAUAAGAACCCUUAUCUCAGAACCUGGAACCUUUGCUAAGGAUUGCAUUGAGGACAGCCAGCAUUUCAAAGGAUUUCGAUUCUUGUCUAAAUCGGGAAUUACACAUCCAAACUGGGAUCUAUGAGCGGAAAGGUGGCGAAGCCUAAAGAAGACAAGGAUGCUUCCAAGGUCCAGGAUGACGCUGCCCCAGGUACCCAGGAGUACAUUAUGUUACGGCAGGACUCCAUCCAUUCUGCGGAUAUAAGGAGUAAAGGGUCCCCCUUUCGUGCUAAGUGUCACGAAAUCUUCUGCUGCCCGCUGAAGCAAGCCGUCCACAAAGAGAGCACAGAGCCAGAAGAGCCCCAGCUGAAGGGGAUUGUGACAAAGCUGUACAGUCGACAAGGUUUCCACCUGCAGCUGCAGGCAGAUGGAACCAUUGAUGGAACAAAGGAGGAGGACAAUGGUUACACCGUGUUCAACCUUAUUCCAGUGGGGCUGCGAGUGGUGGCCAUCCAAGGGGUGCAGACCAAACUCUAUCUGGCUAUGAACAGUGAGGGCUACCUGUAUACAUCAGAACACUUUACACCUGAGUGCAAAUUCAAGGAGUCGGUGUUCGAGAACUAUUAUGUGACAUACUCCUCCAUGAUAUACCGGCAGCAGCAGUCGGGCAGGGGCUGGUACCUCGGUCUGAACAAGGAAGGAGAAAUCAUGAAGGGGAACCAUGUCAAGAAGAACAAGCCAGCAGCCCACUUCCUUCCCAAACCUCUAAAAGUGGCAAUGUACAGAGAGCCAUCCCUCCAUGACUUGACAGAGUUCUCCCGCUCUGGCACCGGCACACCCACCAAGAGUCGGAGUGCCUCGGCUGUGCUCAACGGAGGCAAAGCCGUAAGCCAGAAUGAGUCGACGUAGCCCAGCAGCCGAACCCAGGCCUGGGGCCGAAACCUUACCUCCAGCAGAGCGUGAAUCCAAGCAGACUUCUCUCACUGAUCAGCAGUUCAGGACUACAACAAACCACGCGCAAACACCCUGACGCCAUCAAUAAAAAAAACAGUUAGGCAUCAUCCUGGUCAGUCAUCGUCAAAACAACAUCAAUACUAAGACACUUAACGGCACAUAAACCAUUCUAAAUUUAAAAAACAAAUUAAAAAUUUUGUUUUGGGCUUGAGAUUUAUCUAGUACCUUGAUCACUCUCUUUUGGUGAUGAUCGCAUACCAGUUAGCUCAUCUUUGUCUUGUUUUAUUUUUCUUAAUUUCCUGUGGACAAUAACUUUUCUUAGCUCAUGUAGACACCAAGCACGCGUCCAUCUGUCAGACAGGGACAGGAAGUUAGACAUGUAGACAUUCAGGUCAGCCAGUAAUGGUGCUGGUCUACAAGGCUGCGGUGGUACAGUACAAGCCCUGGUCUCUGUCUCAUCCAUGCUUCUGUGAAUACAAAGCCUAUAAACUCCCUGGUGUGGCCCAGCCUAGUGCUGCUGGGACUGCGGCCAGCCAGACGGUAGCUCUCCUGCGUUCUAGUGCACACGCUCAGAGACUGAGCUCUCUAGCAUGGGAAAACGAAGCCUAUGUUCAGCUGACCUGAAAUAUAAGGGACAGUGUGGCUCUCUUGCAGUUUUUGUUUCCUUUCAGAAAUGCCACAGCUGCACCUUGGUUUUUGCUGAUUUUUGCUAAUUUUCUGAAUUAGCCGAGAGCUUUUUAUUUGGUAACUGGUUUUGUUUUUGUCCCCUCUUGUUCUCUGCCCUUACCAUUGUUCAGUAUUUGUAUUUCUGUUGCCGUUUCAUCAUUGAAAAGGGUUCCAGCAAACCAAAGACAGAACGAAAGAGUGUCCCUUUAAGCUGCUGAAAACCAAGCCAGUAUAAAGGCAAAGCUGGAUUUUUAAAUUUUUUUUUCAGUGUACAUUUUUGAUGAAAGAAAGCAACGAUUUUGUGGGAAAGGAAAAACGGACAAAGGAAGUGAUUUUAAACACUUUAAUGUUGGCAGCGUGCUUGAAGUUGUGCUCUUUGCUGAUAUGCUCGAUGGCCGAGGUAUGAAAUGACUAGUCUGUGUCCCCAUUCCCUUCUGUUACCAAUGUGUUACAAUGUCUCCGUCUCUUGUCCUCGUGAUCAGUUUCCUCUCUCUGUGCUUGUGUCAUAUUUCAACCCCCCUGCCAUCCUUUUUUGUCGACUUCUAUUGCGUGAUAAAGUUCACCAUAGAAAUAUGGUGUAAGCCCCUUCCCAGGAUGCUUGUUAUGUGUUUGAGUAAGUUAUUGUGGUGACAAUAUUUUCUAUAUUUAAAAAAAGAAUACUGUGGACUUUUAGGUGGCUUAACAUUUUAUAGGACACGUCAUAUUUGUAAAAGUGAAAAAAAAAAGAAGAAAUACAAAAAUGAACAUCUUCCCUUUCUUGCACAGGGCAUGUACAAACACAAUUAUGUACAAAAAGGACCCUUUUGUGGGCUAGGUACUCUUCCCUUCAGCUACAUAACUUCUUUCUGGUACAUGCUUCUGGGAGGCUUUCUUUUCUUGGUUUCCCCCGGAGGGUGUAUUAGGUGAACCUAUCUGUUGCAUGGGAGAAAGCAGGGAAAUUCUGGUCUAGAGCUGCAUGAUGUAGGCUAUGUGUAUUAACCCAUGUUGGAUCAUGUGUUCCAAACUACCAGGCUAAAUCUGAUAAAACAACAUUUACAGGCAGACAUUGUGGCUGCCUGAUAACUUCCAGUUGUUUAUUAUUUGUUGUAUACACAAAA